CAACACCUCUGGCAGAGGGGCGGCCGGCCGCACUUGAAGGAAGGGCGCGUAGAACGUGCACAAGAAUCUGUUGCGGGUUCAUCAUCAGGCCGCCCAGGUUUGGGCCCGAGCCUACAUCCGCAAAGUUGCGAGCGGAAUGGAGAGCGGCCGCUUCUGCCAAUCGUCCGUUUGGCGAUUCAGAGAACGAAAGGCAAGAUUCUGGACGAACUUCCCGCGCGUGACGACGUGGAUGCGCUAGUGGAAAAGGAGACGAACGAGGUUUGCAGGGGGGCUUUGCUUCAACAACUCGACGCCAACCCAAAGUCUGAGGCAGAUGAAAGCGAAAGGGGGAACGCUCUAUUGACCCGCGGGAAAGCAGGUCAGGGGCUGAAUCGGCCAGAUGAAAACAAUCGAAAGGAUACACGGGCGCCCGAAGUGACAUCAACGGGGAGCCCGGGGAUGUGCGGGUUUGCGAACGAGGUCACGGUACUUCAAAUGUCCAGGGGGAGCGAGAUAUGUGAGGGGGCCGUGAGUACCCGUUUGAGCGCGAAAAGAAGGGAGGCCCGCGAGCCUGCGCCAAAGGAGAUUCAGUUUUCGAAGGCCUCUAUGAGCGGCCUAAUCCAGGUUUCUACGGAGCCAACUACAGGGGUUGCGUGCAAGAACGACAUUGCCCCGCAGGAUGCUCAAGCAACAAUGGACGAGCACGGAGGCGCGGACGACCCGUCCGUGCAAGCGCGUGGCGCGCUCCCCCAGAUGGGCGACCAGCAAUAUGCCCGCGAGCUGCCCAGGUGCUGA